AUAUUCUACUUAAUUCAUGGCUUUGAAUAACUAAUUUGCAUUUUGCAUGAAUCAUGUCUUACUUCGGUCCACAAUUCCAAUAAAUGAAAAUCUGGAAACUUUUUUUUAUUGUCUAUCAUUACUAACUUCCAAUUUUUCAUAUUGUGAGAGUCAAUCAUUACUAACUUCGAUCUCCCAACGCCUUGCUAUCCCCUCCAUUUCACUCGUCGCCGGAGCCAGUGCUACUACGACAAGGAGGCUCUAUCACAUCGAUUGUCUGUUGCUAGUUCGACAUAUUUGUUCUUCUUACGGCGACGAUCUACUAGUCUUGUCUUCCAUUCCGGCCAGCCGGGGUAGAGGAGAGGGCAUGUUCUGCUCCUCGGGAUCACUGGAUGCCAGUGUAUUCCCAGUACUUGCUAGCGGGAUUCAAGUUUCCACUCCCUGAGUUGCUGAUAGGGUUGUUGUUAGAUUACAACAUAGGGUUGACACAGUUGGUUCCCAACGCAAUGAGGGGUAGUAGUAGGAGGGAUAAGGGGUGGUAUUACUUCACCCCUAGGGUAGAUAAGAAAGAAAGUAGGAUUUUGUUUACUGCGGGUCCUUCCUCCAUCAAAGGAUGGAAGGAAAAAUUCUUUUUUAUUGAUGAUACGGAGUGGGGGAAAGGGGAUGCCGAGGUGAGGGCAUUAGCUUCCUGGAAGGCUAAAAGGGCCAACCAAAAUAAGUUUAGUUUGAAUGGAGAUGAGGAGGAAGAGGUGAGGAAGUUGGUGAGGAAGAGGGGGGAUGUGUUGAACAUCAUGGACCUCACCAGCGCAGCAUGCAUAGAGGCUGCUGAGCUCUAUGGGCCCAGUGCUCUGAGCGAAGCUGACAUGAAUCAACUCCUGGGCACAGCUGGAGGAAAGGCGAUCCCCAAGAAGCCAAGGAAGAAGUCAAGGACUUCAACCAGACAAGUGGAUGAGGGGAUAAGUGGGAAGGAGGUGGUAGCUGCUGUUUCAACUGAAACGGGAGAGGAUGUGCUACCACUGAAGAGGAAAGGUUGGGAGGAAAGGAGGGCAUUGGAGAAGAAGAAGAAGGUGGUGGAAGAGGUGGAGGAGGUGGAGAGGAAUGAGGUGCCGGAGUUUGUACCUCAGCCUCCUCCUGUUGAGCUGGACCCCGAGCUCAGACAGUUGGAGGAGGGGGCUGAGGUACGGGCUCCUGGUAAGGGGAAGGGCCCUGUUACCUCAGCGGUGUCUCAGAGCAGCCUGUUCGAGGCGAAGAAUAUAUUUGGGGCUAGGUGGUUCAUCAACAACACCUUCCCCGAAGUGGACAAACGCCAUGCACGAGAGGAGGUUCUGAGGCACGGAGGAGCUUCUGUGGUCAAGCACGCCCUUGAGGUCUAUGGACUAGCCCAGGAGUUUAAAGAGAGCACAAAGGAGCGUGCACGCUUGCAGCGGCAGUGUGACCAGCUGCAAAAGGAGAAGGAAGAGCUGGAGGGGAAGAAUAAGGAGCUGCAAGCGUCACUGGACGAGAUGGUUCCAACUGUGAAGCAAUUGGAACAGGAGAAGGCUUCCCUGGGCACCAAGCUCGGCUUUGAAGAGACCAAGCGCAAGAUCUCUGAAAGCGAGCGUGAGGCUCUGACGCAAGAGCUGAAGUUAAAAAAGGAGGCCUUCUUGGAGCUGAAGGGGAAUGUGCAGAACCUGGUGCACAAUGGGAUGAAGGAGCACAUCAGCAACUUCAUCAGCUCCAGCUCGUUUGACAACAUCGUCAACCUCUACCGACUGCCAACGGCCAUCAUUGCCUUCACAGACUGCAGAAAGAAGGUGAAGACUGUCUAUCCCGAAGUGGAUGUGACGAGGAUAACCUUUGGAGAGCAAGAGGCUGGAGUGGAGGAAGAUGGUGAAAGCUUGUCAGCAGACUUCCGCCCAGAAAUCAAACUGAGGUGGGAUCAUGAUGCUGAUGGACGCGCUGUCUUUCCUCCGAACUUCGAUUUCGAGUUCGUGGCAGUAGGAGAAGAAGGGGCAGAGGUAGAGGAAGAUGAGGUGGAGGCAGGAGUGGAAGGAGUUGCAGUGGAUGAGAGCCAACCAGUGCCAGAAGUGGAGAUCCACCCAGUUCCUUCUGAUGAUGAUCAGCCUCCCCUGUUAGGCGAGCAGCAGCCACCUCUUCCAGCUGAAGAGGAGCCAGUGGAGCCACCUCCUCCAGCAGAGGAUUAACUUUAUUUUAUUGUUUGUACUUUGUUGUAGAACAGUUAAAUAGUUUGUAGUAAUAAUAUUUUUGUUAAAUGAAAUUGAAUUAUGUUUUCCUUAAUGUUUGGUUUAUAUUUGUUGUUACGUUUUAUGAAUGAAAGAACUGAGUACUU